GCCGCAUAACGGCGUCGUGUUACCCGCCACUGAGAAUUAGGGUUUAUAGACGAAGUACCUACCGAGUCAUUCUUCAACCCACAAAGAAAGCAACGCAGUAGAGACUCAGAACAGAGGAAAAGGGAUGGGGAAGAAAGCAAAGACAUCUAGAAAGGGAAAGAAGGCAUGGAGAGCCAACAUAAGCACAGAAGACAUUCAUGACUUCUUCGAGCAGUCAACCAAAGAUGCUCUCUCCGGUGGUUCUCUUUCCUCUGCUCCCGCCGAGUCGCUCUUCUUCGUCGACAAGUCCAAAGAUCUUUCGGUGAAGAGGAAGAUUGAAAAACAUAGACAGAAAGUACUCCAUGUUGAGAGCAUGCUACAGAAAAACCCAUUUGUACAAGCAGUGCCUUCUUCGACACUGAAGAAAUCAAAGAAAACACUUAAAGAGGUUCCAAAGCCAAAAGAUGCGACUGAAUGUGGUCCUCAGGGUUCUGUCUCAACUUCGGGCAUGGCUGACUUAUGGGGUGAUAAAGGUGGUGACAACAGCAAGACCAAGAAGACGGCGAAGCCAUCACUUAUUCCUGCCGUAGAAGUUGAGCCUCCAGGAUCCUCAUUCAAUCCCACAUUUGAAAGUCACCAGGAAACAUUGGCUCAUGCUGUUGCACAAGAAAUGCACAAAGUCUAUAAAAAAGAGUUAGGACCUCAACCAGUUCCUCUAACUGUUCCUGGGGAGGCUGUUGAUGAAGAAGAAAUGUAUUUUCUCGAUGCUGAUGAAGGCACUGAUGAUGAUAUGAAUCCAGAAAAUUUGGAUGAGAAUGAGGAUGCUGCAUCUGAGAAAAGGCCUCUUAAAACAAAGAGGGUGACAACAGUCAUGUUAAAUAAGAGAGCUAGGCGUAAAGAACAGCUUAAAAAGGAAGCAGAAGCGAAAAAGGCACAGAAGCUUUCCAAAGAAAUUGAUGGCUUACCAGAUAUUCUUCAAGAAAUAGCUAAAGAGGACGAUGAGAAGCAUAAAAGACAUAUUCGACGAGUUGUAGCCAAAAAAGAGAAACUAAAGUCAUUCCCCCCACGCUUGGGGAAGCACAAAUUCGAGCCUGCCCCAGUUCAAGUCCUCUUGACCGAAGAAAUAACUGGAUCCCUUCGGAAACUGAAGGGUUGUUGUACCCUUGUCAAGGAUCGGUUCAAGAGCCUAGAAAAAAGAGGAUUAAUCCCGCCAAAAUUAAACAAAAGGAAAUAGAGCUUUUUCUUGAUUUGGUUUAACGAGAUGGUAACCAGGUGUGCGGAACCAAAGUCAUUAGCUGGGGUUCAACGAGGAUCAGCUAUUGAUGCAGCAUCAGAUUUUGUCAAUGUCAAGUUCAAUAGUUUUGUAGUAAUCUUUAUUCACUUUUUUUUGUUCAUUUUCCUGUUUGGUUGGAAAUUCUCAGUUCAAAAUUCACUCCGGUUCCUGUUGUAAUCAACUUUUGAUUUACACACUGGUCAUCCUUAUAAAAAUUUGCCAGAAAAAAAAAAAAGUUUCUUAUAUAU